AAAGAACCAUCGACCGACACCACAACAGGCACACACGUGAAGAUGUAAACAAGUGCCUGUAGUUGGUUGUGUUACGUUAAACUCUAACAAAUUGGACUUGAUUUAAAGUAACUGCCUUGACAAACAGUAAGAACUCUUGUUAAGUGAUUUGAGAGAGAUCUUAGUGUGAAAACAUCAAAAAUCAAAGAAGAAAUAGAGAAAAAUGAGUGAGGAGAAGACACUACAGUUCCACGAGAUGGGCCUUGAUGACCGGGUUAUUGAGGCAAUUGCCAGAUUAGGAUGGGCAGAACCAACUUUAAUCCAGGAGAAAGCUAUUCCAUAUGUAUUAGAGGGGAAAGACAUAUUGGCCAGGGCAAGAACUGGAUCAGGGAAGACUGGUGCCUUUGUCAUUCCUAUCAUUCACAAGAUUCUUGAAGGGAAACGUACAGCCACGGAACAGGUAAUACAGGGUCUUAUUUUGGCACCGAGCAAAGAGUUAUGUAAGCAGAUAAAAGAAAAUAUUGCUCAGCUGACAGUUUCCUGUAAACGUGAGGUGCAGUUUGUUGACGUCUCUGCGCAAGUGCCAUUAGAAGCACAGCGUCCACUCCUUCUUAACAAACCAGACAUUGUUGUUGGAACCCCGUUGAGAGUGUUGGCUCACAUGACAGCUGGUAACCUGAAGGUCAAGGAGUCACUCAAGUUCUUGGUGAUUGACGAGGCCGACCUCAUGUUUGCCUUCGAUCACUUGAAUGAUAUUGAAGCAGUGCUGAAACAGUUACCAAAGAUCUAUCAGUCCUUUGUAACGAGUGCCACAAUGUGGGAUGACGUGAAGAGGCUGAAGAAGCUCGUCCUUAACAAGGCUGUAAUCUUAAGGCUCGAGGAACCUCCAGUACCGACCACUGCCCAGCUUACGCAAUAUGUCAUUAAGCUGAAUGUGAUGGACAAGGUUAUCUUGAUCAAUGUACUCUUUCGCCUAAACAUGAUCCGUGGGAAGACCAUCAUCUUUGUUAACAAUGUUGACAAGGGCUACAAGCUGAGAAUGUACUUGUCACAGUUUGGAAUCAGCUCUUGUGUGCUUAACUCUGAGAUGCCGGUAACCUCCAGGUGUCACAUAGUAGAACAGUUCAACAGCGGCAAGUAUGACAUCAUCAUCGCCUCAGAUGAGCAGAGCCUUGAAGAUCCAGAAUCAAGCAAAAACAAACACACGAAAAGCAAAAGGAAAAAAGACAAAGAAUCUGGUGUGGCCCGUGGAAUUGACUUUCAAUUUGUAUCCAACAUCAUCAACUUUGACUUCCCUCAAAACGUAGAAGGCUACAUUCACCGCGUAGGACGAACUGCUCGAGGGAAUAACCAGGGCACAGCCUUGUCUCUGGUGUCUGUUGGUGAGAUGGAGAGUUUCAACAAAGUAGAGACCAAGCUGAAGGGUCUGAUGCCCGGGACUGAAGCAGUAUUUAAGGACUUCAAGUUUGACAUGAAACAACUUGAUGGGUUCAGGUAUCGAGCUCUUGAUGCUUGGAAGCGCUGUACUUCGAUUGCUAUCAGAGAAACCAGGAAAAAGGAACUUCAGCAGGAGCUACUCAAUUCCACAAAACUAAAAAGUUUCUUUGAGGACAAUCCCAGAGAUCUUCAAGUUCUGAGACACGACAAAUCCAAACAUGGACUCACACCCAUGACUCAUCUGAAGCAUGUACCGGAAUACAACAUUCCUGAUAACCUACGCAGAGUCUCCAGGAUAUCCAAAAAGAUCAAGGGCAACAAAAAUGCCCCGAAAGUUAAGUUAGACAAGAACCAAAAAAAGCGUGCCACCAAAACUCAGCUGAAAUAUAAGAUAAAAAAAGCUGACCCCUUGCAGAGUAUGGAGUUUUCAGGAUUCAAGAAGCAGAAAACAUGAUUUUCAACUGUUAUUGGAUAAGUUGUUUGUCAAUAGAUUUUCUGUACUUUACAAUGCAAAUUUUCUGUACGGUACAUACAAUAUAUGUAAACAGUGAAAUAAAUAUUUUUUGUUCUUUCUAAAGGGACUUGUUUUUGUUAUCUGUUAAUAAGCCAAGAUUCACUUUUUAUGCAGAGGUGUGUACAUCACUCUGGCAUGAACUGUAGAUGAAUAAGUUAGAUGUUGGAAUUUUCUUCUUCACAUCACAAACUUAGGAGGGGUGUAGCAGUCAAACCUUUUCCUCCUAUGGUAGAUUUCUUAAUAUAUUUUGUGACAUUUUUUAUUCAUUGCAUUUGUAGAUUUAUCAUUUAUUUUCUGAAUGGUUUUAUGUUUAGUUCUUUGUGACAGUUUUGACAACUGGUUUUUGUACUGUAGUAGUAGUAAUAAUAAUAGUGGUGGUAAUCGUAGGAGUUGUAGUAGUAGUUGUUGCAGUAGUACUGUAAUAGUAUUGAAGAGGAAAUGAUGACUUGUUAACUUUUCAGGGAUAAAGACCCCUGGUAUGUGAAAGGAAUAAUGGCUGGAUCAUUUUGGGGUUUGAAUCAGGGCUGCCGUUUAAUCCUCAGCUGUAUGACGUCAUUUUUCCUCACAUUUUCUUUACGUAUUAAUGUAGGUAAUAUCUUGGCAAAACGAUAGAUUUGGGUAAAUAAUGCCAUUUUCACUGCUCCAUUAGUUUAAUAUAAAUAUGCACAUACAGUACAAAAACUCUAUAACCUUUUAAUAUUAUAACAUAACAUAGGAGCAUUAAACACUAAUUUAAAAAACAAUGUUAAACAGACAUUAGCAUCCUCUGAUUUGGUGUAAAAUUUAUACAUCCACCCUGGAAUUUCACAGCCUCAGACAAGGCAUUUCUGGGUUUUGUUUUCAUUAAAUUAAAUUUAGAAAAUAGUCUCUGCAUCAAACUGGGGUUUCCACAGCAGUCAAGGGUCCCAUUUUGACUUUGCAAGUCAUUUAUUACCCACAAUCCAUUUAUACUUUACAUUAUCUGUUGAUAUAUGCCUAAGGAGUUGAUAAAAAAUUUCAUAUAUAUUA